AUGUUGCCCUUAGUACAGACGCACCCUCGCGUGGUGCCAAUCAACUUCGACGCCUUUGGACCAUCCACGGGCCACGGCGCCAGGCCCGAGUCUGAGAGACGAGCCAUCGCGUCGCCCUACUACCGCUCCUCGCAGCCAUACCAUGGCUCAGCCACUUCUUCCGCCCAGGCCUCGCGAGACUACGACUAUCAUCUGCGCCGCAAGACUCCUCGGGGCACCAUCGAUGCGGGAUACGAUGGAUCGCCGACGCAGCUGUCGCCUGGCCCGCCGCCACUCAAGCAAGUCAUCCUUCCCACGCCCUCAGGCAUAUACCCGUAUCUGCCUCCGAAUAACUUGCCCUUCCACGCCAAGUCCCGUCUCCUGGAGCAUGAUCAGAGAAGUCUAGGGCAGACUCCUCUGACAUCGCCAUGGACUUUUAGCAAUGAGAGGCCCAACUUUGUUCUUUCCAGCGGUUCCUCAAUGCCCCUCCAGCCUGGCCUCCCUUGGCAACCAAAUGGAUAUCCCAUGUUCAACCAGAUUCCAGAUGUCUAUCAACCGCUCAUGAGGGCGGCAGAGUACAAUGUGCGCGCCUUCUGUCCGCCCCCGGGCCCGACGCCGGAUACCGCGACGUUUGAUCAGUUUGGUUGGCAGUUAGGUGCCUCGCCGCGAAGCUCUGGCCAUCUCGACAUGUCUCGACCGACAACGGACUUGAACGUCAACUUCAAUAUCCCACAGCCCCCACAGCCAAUGCUACAAGGAAGUUAUCUGGGCCAGAGCGCAAUCGUAGAGAACCCCCCAGCCAGCGAACAAUAUGCUGUUCGGUCGAGUUUUACGGAGAAAGCCUAUUCACAGGCUCAGGAGCAUUAUGUUGAACUGCUGGCCUACCUGCAAACUGCCAAGAGAUUUGAUCAGAUGAGCGGUGGCGGCAGUUCCAGUUCAAGAUUCAAGAUCCUGGUAUUCCCAAGGCCCCCAAAGGCCAGAAAAGAGCAUCUUGGCACCAUGCGGGAUGUGUAUCGUAGUGUUGAGCGACCUGUUUCAUCGAAGCUCGUGCCGAAUAGCCACCCCCGCGCCCUUACAUCCAACAUUGAGGAUACCUUGAACAAUAACACAAGACCACAGGUCGUGCAAGAUGCCCAUGUGGAAGGUCGCCGGUCCAGCAGGACGGCAUCGCAAUUCCACGCUUCGCCUGCUGCAUAUACCGGGUCAUCAUCACUUGGGACACUCGGUCCCGCUGCCAUGGCGAAAGCGCUACCCAUUCUGAAUGCAAAAACUUCGUUGGAUAUUUUGAAAAAUCUAUGUGAACAAAGUAAUUGGAAAUGGAUCGAUGGAAUUUUACUCGGUGGGUGUCUUUUAUAUGGCCUUUCACGGUUCGAAGAUGCCGUGGAAUGGUUCUCCAGAGUUCUUGCUCUAGAUUCAAGCCAUGUUGAGGCUAUCACAAACAUAGCCGCUACACUCUAUUGCCUUAACCGUCAAGAAGAAGCUGAGCAGCAUUGGCUAAAUGCGAUUAAGCUAUGCCCUGCUCAUUUAGAGGCUACGGAACAGCUCGUUGGAUUGCUGUACAAAAAACGUAGCCGAGAGGCCAUCGACAUCAUCUGCUUUGUGCAACAAGCGUUGAAAUUACCCAAAGGAAAUUCAACCCGGUCUACCUACCCCCCACUCGGCGUUCGCUCCGUGUCAUCUGAUGAACAUUCUCACAGCCAACAAUCAACUGGUACGCAAUAUGGUUUCCAACCCGAGACUACCCCCCUAAUCGGUGGCCACACUAUGGGAGGCUCUGAAUUCGGGUCUAGCGGAUACGCGCUCCCCAAUAGUGAGAAUGGUAGGAUCCUAGCAUUGGUUCAUGCCAAAGGCACAAUACUAUACGGCUUGAAGGACAUUGAGAAAGCUUCAGAGGCAUUUGAAGAAGCCGUACUGAUCAGCGUCGGGGAGCGCAUACGGAGCGUUCAAGAGUUGGUAAAUCGAAUCCAUGCUGUACUUUCGCCGGCGGGCUCUUUCCCGGCUGGCAAUGAUCAAAGACCAGUUUCUCGGCGACCCCUUUUGCUUCCUCCAGAAAAGGCUCGCCAAACUGCUCAUCUCGUAUUUGCUGCGGGCGGCGGAGGCAGCGAACUGCCGGGGCUGGCAUUCGUUCCAGAAGGUGCCGCAAGGCGAGUCGCUGUGCAGACAACGAGCAAUGCGCUCCUCUCUCUGGCCAAGAUAUUUCAGGAUGCAAUGUCUGGAGGGAGCAUUGUUCCCAGUCUGCUCAGACAGCCCUCUGGGAUCGGCGACAUCCUGGCGUUGUAUUACCUAUCCCUUUCUCUCCAAGAAAGCCCCUCUACCGCGAACAAUAUCGGGAUCCUCCUUGCGGCGACUUCUCGGCCUAACUUGCCUGGCGUCGUGCCGGGCAGUGGUCUUGCCCUUGCUUUGGCGUAUUACAACUAUGGACUGCGUCUUGAUCCUAGACAUGUUCACCUACACACCAAUCUGGGUAGUCUCCUGAAAGAUGUUGGACAGUUGGACCUCGCAAUCCAAAUGUACGAGCGAGCCGUUUCAUGCGAUAGAACGUUUGAUAUCGCCUUGACCAACCUAGCCAAUGCUGUAAAAGACAAGGGUCGCAUAAAGGAUGCCAUUGCUUACUACAGACGAGCUGUGGAAGCAAAUCCAGACUUUGCCGAAGCCGUCUGCGGACUCUUAACAGCCCUCAACUCUGUAUGCGAUUGGCGUGGAAGAGGUGGAGCGCUUCUCGAAUUGGGCAAAUAUGACCGAUGGCACGUCGAUGAUAAAGGCACCCUGGUUGACGUGCAGACGGCCAUGCAUGGGAGCGGCCUAACACAACGAGUGGUCGAUAUCAUAAGUCACCAGCUAGGCGAUGCGUCGCAUUGGGGCCGCAACAUACUACAACAGCCCACUAUCCAUGCGUUGGCGCAACAGCUGGGUGACUUCUGUCGUACACCUGGAUUCAGCUUGGAGUUGGCACUAAGUGCUUGGGCUGGUGAACCAUGGGAAGGCUCACGCCUGGUACGCCUCGUGGAACGGGCUGCAAGAGUCAUUCUAUGGAACUGGUAUCAUGACAAGUACGUUGCUAAGAGGGAGGUUACGCCUUCACGCUAUCUCCGACCUCAGUUGCCUUCCUCUCUCACUAUUCCAUCUGCGCCAACUGUACUUCCUUUCCACACUUUCACGUAUCCUCUAUCUGCAAAGGACAUUCGAUCGAUCUCUCAACGUAACGCAAUGCGAAUAUCAUGCACGACUCUCCGAGCCCCUUGGCUGCCAGCUACUGUGUAUCCACCACCGCCUCCGCCAAAUCCACAUUUGAAUGUUGGAUAUGUGUCGUCGGACUUUAAUAACCAUCCACUGGCUCAUCUAAUGCAAUCGGUGUUUGGGUUUCACAAUCCUCGGCGUGCUCGGGCUUUUUGCUAUGCCACCACCCCAAGUGACAGAUCUAUUCAUCGACAGCAAAUUGAAAGAGAGGCACCCGUUUUUCGUGAUGUCAGUUCUUGGCCAGCGGAUAAGCUUAUCGAACAAAUCAUUCGCGAUGAGAUUCACAUCUUGGUGAAUCUCAAUGGCUACACGAGAGGCGCUCGCAAUGAAAUAUUUGCUGCCCGCCCGGCCCCAAUCCAAAUGUCUUUUAUGGGAUUCGCGGGAACACUUGGUGCCGAGUGGUGCGAUUAUAUACUCGCAGACACAACUGCUAUCCCACCGAGCACUUUGCGCCCAUGGAGGGUGAAUACCAGCAUCGAUGAUGUAUUUCACGACCAGACCGAGGGCGAUGAACUCCAGUGGAUGUACUCGGAGAACAUCAUUUUCUGUCGGGACACCUUUUUCUGCUGCGAUCAUGCACAGUCGUGUGAUACCGAUGAACGCGGCAUGACCUGGGAAGACGAAGAGAAACGACGGUGGAAGAUGCGCAAGGAGCUGUUCCCGACAAUAGCAGACGACGUCAUCAUAUUAGCCAACUUCAAUCAACUUUACAAGAUUGAUCCUACUACUUUCCGGUCUUGGUUACGAAUCUUGGCCAGGACCCCAAAGGCUGUUCUCUGGCUGCUACGGUUCCCCGAACUGGGAGAGCAAAACCUGCGGCAAACAGCUGAAUCCUGGGCCGGGGCAGAAGUUGCUAGUCGGCUCAUCUUCACUGAUGUAGCACCAAAGAACCAGCAUAUAACUAGGGCUAGAGUGUGCGACAUGUUUCUCGAUACUGCAGAAUGCAAUGCUCAUACCACCGCCGCCGAUGUCUUGUGGUCAAGCACACCCCUUCUAACCUUGCCUCGAUACUCGUACAAGAUGUGUUCCCGAAUGGCCGCAUCCAUCUUACGAGGAGCGCUGCCCAAGACAGCAGAGGGCCGACAAGCAGCACUGGAAUUGAUUGCGGAUAGCGAAACGGAAUAUGAGGAUUCAGCCACAGAGUUGGCCGGAGGGUUGACCUAUGAGAUUACAGAGGAAGGAUAUGGCCGGGGCAAGGGGCGUCUGGCAGAAUUACGGAAACUGCUGUGGGACAGCAAAUGGAAAUGCGGACUCUUCAACACUCGUCGAUGGGUAAACGACUUGGAAAUGGCUUACGAAGAGGCAUGGCGGCGGUGGGUUGCGGGUAAGAGCGGCGACAUAUACCUAUGA